CGACACUUGACUGAUUCGAGCUGCCACGACAUAGCCGGAAUCGAAGAGCCUCCCUCUCCCCCUCAAUCUCCGUGGGAGAGGAAGCACCCGACGCGAUACCGUUUCUAAUGACUCAAGGCUCCGCGAUAAUCGACGCCAGGGACUCACACCGUCAUGAAGUGCCUGCCGAUUUUCUUUUCUCUUCUCCUCGCCGUUUUCGGGGGAGUGAGCGGGGAGGACUGCGAGUGUUCACCGCUAGAUGGCUCGGGUGUCAUCAGGUCUCCCGGUUACCCCAAUGAAUAUCCCGUCAACUGCAGUUGCCUGUGGACCAUCACGGCGGAUGCGCCGAUAACGCUGAAAUUCGAGGAAUUCUUCUUGGACGACAACGCCGGCUGCCACGACGAGUUCCUCAGGAUAACCAAUUUCGAUUGGGCCGCCUUCUGCAGCGAAGAAGCGCCGGAAACGCUGGAAACCUCGGAGACUAUUCUCACCGUCAUCUUCAAGAGCGACGUUAACCGCUCGGAAAAAGAAGACCGGAAGUUCAGCGUUUCCUACCACUCCACUCCUCCCUGCGACGCGGGAUGGACCAGGUUCCGAGAUAAUUGUUAUCUUCACAUCACCACAGACGAGAAUGACUUUUCGCUGAAUGAAGCCGAGGCACGAUGCCAGGGCAUGGGGGCUCACGUCGCCAGCGUCCAUUCGGAGGAAGAAAACCAAUUCAUUGCGCAUUGGAUUCGACGCCCUGUAAGCUACAUCGGGGCAAGGGCCGGACCGAAUUUCUCGAGCGAUAGAAACGACUUUCACUUUUUGGACGGUACUGCAACGGAUUUUUCCAAUUUCAAUUCCGGAGAAGUCUAUCUCGUGAACGACAAUUAUUUCGUGCUCAUGGUCGACAAAUGGAUCAACUUUCCCUGCGACGAAGAACGUUCUUUCAUAUGUGCAAAUGACGAUGGCUCGGAAAUCACCGUCAGGCCCUCGAACAGCACUUUCGAAGCUGCCCGAAGCAGCUGCUCAUCAAACGGCGGAGAUCUGAUGAAGAUCUCGGACCAAGAACACAUGUCAAACGUCCUGCGAAAAUUCCUGGAAUCGCCAAAACUCGAUCCAGCGACGGAAUUCUGGAUCGGCCUGCGCCGCGACGAAUCCGCCGGGGAAUGGCUCUGGGUCCAAGACGGGUCGGCCCCGACCUAUUCGAACUGGGUCUCGGGUCGCCCGGCCGAUCUGAGCGGCCACGACUGCGCGGCCGUGGUCCCGUCCACGUGGGCCACCGUCGCCUUCACGGCUCCCGCGUUCACGUGCAAGAAGCUGGCUGUCACGCCCUGACAGUGUUUCGUUCGACUUUCGGUAUCUGGGAAUAUGUCCAUCAUGAAGUAUGAAAUAUAUUAUUUGAGUUGAA